AUGGUCACACUCACACCUCUCGAAAAGGCUGCCAGUGGUGCUUUGGCCUCGGUUGUUGCUAACACCUUGGUGUAUCCCUUGGAUUUGAGUAAAACUAUCAUUCAGACCCAAGUCAAAAAGCACAAGCCAAAUUCGGAAUCAAGCGAGGAAACAGACUAUAACUCGACAGCCGAGGAUGCAGUCUUUAUUCAGAGAGAGAAAGCCGGUACUUUGAAGUACAAGAACACGUUGGACGUGUUGCAGAAGAUAUACGCCAAGAAGGGCGUCUUGGGCUGGUACCAUGGCUUGCUUCUGUCGGUAUUGGGAACUGCUGCGCAGAAUUUCUCCUACUUCUACUGGUACACCAUUGUCAAGCGUGUUUACGCACAAUUGACCAAGAAAGCUGCUUCUCACAAGCAUCUGACACCUGUGGAGUUGUUCUUGGGUGCUUUGGCCGCUGCCAUUUCCCAGCUCUUCACCAUGCCAAUCGGCGUCAUCACCACCCAACAACAGACAGACAAGCACCACCGUUCCUUGUACACUUUAGCUAAAGAGAUUUAUGUUCACGACGGCAUCCGUGGUUUCUGGAAGGGGUUGAGUGUCUCAUUGGUGUUAUGCAUCAAUCCUUCCAUCACGUACGGCUCGUAUGAACGGUUGAAGCAGAUUUUGUACAACGACAAGGAGUUUUUGGGCCCCUUGGAGAGUUUCAGCAUCGGUAUGUUAGCCAAGUCCAUGGCAACCUUGGCCACGCAACCUUUGAUUGUUUCCAAGGCCAUGCUCCAGAAGAAACUGCAUAAGAAACCUGAGGGCCAAACAAAGCCCAAGAUGAUUUUAGAUCCAGAUCACGAGGACGAUGAAGAAGAAGUUAAGUUUGAUCUGUUCGUGGAUGCGUUGGCCCACUUAUGGCACACCGAGAAGAUCCGCGGAUUAUACAAGGGAGUUGCCCCUCAAUUGUUGAAGGGUGUCAUUGUCCAAGGAAUGUUGUUUAUGUUCAAGGACCAAAUAGACAUGUUGUUUUUAGUUCUCUUAAAGAUGGUCAAGGCAAGAGGCAAGGUGAAGUUGGUUAAGGGCUCAUUAUAG